AUGCAGCUCACUGUUGUAGCUGAGAUUGACGGGCGAGUCCUACUUGUGGAUCUGGACGGCUCGGACGAGCUGAGCACCCUGACGGCCAUUGUGGAGGCCGAGACCGGCAUUCCAGCUGCCGCUCAACGCCUCACGUUGGGCUCUCGCACCCUGCAGCCCGACCAGACCCUCGGCGCUCAGGGACUGGCGGAAGGCGACCUCCUCAUGCUGUCCCUGGCUCCAACUGGCCGUGCCCCCGCCCCGAGCCAGAACCCCUCGUCCCUGCGCGCCUUCCUGAGGCCGGACGGAAGCGCAGAGGACCCAGGCGCGCUCCUGCGCAUGCUGGCCUCCAACCCACACGCACUGUCCCAGCUCCCCCCGGAGCUGGCGCGGGCGGUGCGGGACUCGGACAUCCCCGCCUUCCAGGACGAGAUGCGGCGCCUGACGGCAGAGCGGGUGAGGGCCGACGAGGAGGAGGCGCGCUUUGCCCGCAUGGCGGCGGAGGAUCCCUUCAACCCGGAGGUGCAGGCGCGGCUGGAGGAGGCCAUUCGACAGAAGAACGUGGCAGAGAACUUUGAGGCUGCCAUGGAGUACAACCCUGAAGCAUUCGGGAACGUGACCAUGCUGUAUGUGCUCAUGCAAGUAAAUGGGGUGGCCCUGAAGACGUUCGUGGACAGCGGGGCCCAGGUGACCAUCAUGUCACAGUCUUGUGCGGAGCGCUGCGGCCUGCUGCGUCUCAUGGAUACCCGCUUCCAGGGCACGGCUGUGGGCGUGGGCUCUGCCAAGAUCCUCGGCCGCAUCCAUAUGGCGCCUCUACUGGCGGGGGGGCACCAUCUGCCCAUCUCUAUUGCUAUCCUUGACAACCUGGGUCAGGACUUCAUUUUUGGCCUAGACAACCUGCGGAGGCACCAGGUGCGGAAUUGGUGA